AUGAAUCAAAAGCUUCGAAUAGCAAGCUUUAAUAUCCGAUAUGAUUCUAAGGGUAUCGAUCCAUCCCCACGAGCCACGAAUGAAGGUUUCAUAAUCAAUCAGAAGCUAGAAAAACGUCAAGCAAAAGAACAACCGUGGAAUAUUAGAAAAUAUAAGGUUGCUGACACUAUACUGUUUCAUAAGAUUGAUGUCAUUGGCAUACAGGAAGCAAUCUAUUCGCAAAUUAAAGAUUUGGAAUCGUUGUUGGCUAAAAAUAAUGAUGAUGAUUGGGGCUGGGUUGGCGUUGGUAGACAUGAUGGCAAACCAGAUGGAAAUGAAGGGGGCGAGUUUACCCCUAUUUUUUAUAACAAAAAUCGACUGAAAUUAUUGGAUUUUGAACAUUUUUGGCUUUCUGAAACACCUAAUGUUCCGAAUUCCAUGGGAUGGGAUGCAAAAUUAACUCGUGUUGUUACUCAAGCAAGAAUCAUGAGACUCCUCGAUAGGCGAUUUUCAGGAGUUGCUAAAGGUGUUGGUAGACAUGAUGGCAAACCAGAUGGAAAUGAAGGGGGCGAGUUUACCCCUAUUUUUUAUAACAAAAAUCGACUGAAAUUAUUGGAUUUUGAACAUUAG